AUGGACCUGGAAUUUGUGAAUCAAGUGCUGGAGAUCAUUGAGCUUGAUGAAAUUAAGGAUGCCUUAGUUGGCGUUCCAGGUGUUAGUGGUCUAUCUACUGAGCAACGUAAGCGGCUUACCAUAGCUGUCGAACUUGUUGCCAAUCCCUCUAUAAUCUUUAUGGAUGAACCUACAAGUGGUUUAGAUGCACAAGCGGCAGCAAUUGUCAUGCUUAUAGAGUUUUUUGAGACCAUUUGGAGACCAUUUGUGGUCAAAGGCCUAAUUGAGUUUCUUAAAGAUAAGAGAGAACGUGAUGAAAGUAAAACCAGUGAAGCUGGAAGGGUGGCAAUGGAAGAAGAAACUACAACAAACAUCAGAGAGCACCUGAUGAAGGAUAAGGAUACAACAAAUGUGCUCAAAGGCCUAAUUGAGUUUCUUGAAAAUAAGAUAGAGCAUGAUGAAAGUAAAGCCCGUGAAACUGAAAGGGUAGCAAUGGAAGAAGAAUGUAAGCAACAGAUUGAAGAAAAUGCAAUUGAAGAAUGGACAAUCAUAAUUGAAUAA